CCGUCUAUGCUGGAAGUCGUGUAGAUGCGGUCAGCGACCCAGCGAGAGGAGCAGGGUGUGCAGGCCGAGCACCAGGAGAGCGAACCUUGGAGAAGGCUGCUCCAGCAUCCUAGGUUCCUGGAGUGGGUCGCAAACGCACCAAGAAAAUGAGCGAAGAGACCGCCCCGGACGCUGCUUCCCCGCCGCCCCCGCAGGGGCAGCAGUACUUGGAGCGCUUCUCUGAGGAGGACCCUGAGUACCUGCGCCUGCGGAACCGCGCCGCUGACCUGCGGCAGGACUUCAACCUGAUGGAGCAGAAGAAGCGCGUCACCAUGAUCUUGCAGAGCCCUUCUUUCAGGGAGGAGCUGGAAGGCCUCAUCCAGGAGCAGAUGAAGAAGGGGAACAACUCUUCCAACAUCUGGGCCCUGCGGCAGAUCGCGGACUUCAUGGCCAGCACCUCCCAUGCAGUCUUCCCAACAUCUUCCAUGAACUUCUCCAUGAUGACACCCAUCAACGACCUCCACACAGCAGACUCCCUGAACCUGGCCAAGGGUGAGCGGCUCAUGCGGUGCAAGAUCAGCAGCGUCUACAGACUCCUGGACAUCUAUGGCUGGGCCCAGCUGAGCGACACCUACGUCACGUUGCGGGUCAGCAAGGAGCAGGACCAUUUCCUCAUCAGCCCAAAGGGAGUUUCCUGCAGUGAAGUGACAGCAUCCAGUCUGAUGAAGGUCAACAUCCUGGGUGAGGUGGUGGAGAAGGGCAGCAGCUGCUUCCCGGUGGACACCACAGGCUUCUGCCUGCACUCGGCCAUCUACGCAGCCCGGCCCGACAUCCGGUGCAUCAUCCACCUGCACACCCCCGCCACGGCCGCGGUAUCAGCCAUGAAGUGGGGCCUCCUGCCUGUGUCCCACAAUGCCCUGCUGGUAGGGGACAUGGCCUAUUAUGACUUCAAUGGGGAAAUGGAGCAGGAAGUGGAUCGAAUCAACCUGCAGAAGUGCCUUGGACCCACCUGCAAGAUCCUGGUGCUAAGAAACCAUGGAGUGGUUGCUCUUGGUGACACCGUAGAGGAGGCGUUUUAUAAGGUCUUCCACCUGCAGGCUGCGUGUGAGACACAGGUGUCCGCUCUGUCCAGUGCUGGGGGAGUGGAGAACCUCAUCCUCCUGGAGCAGGAGAAGCACCGGCCCCAUGAGGUAGGCUCCGUGCAGUGGGCAGGGAGUACCUUCGGGCCCAUGCAGAAGAGCCGGCUCGGGGAGCACGAGUUUGAGGCCCUCAUGAGGAUGCUGGACAAUCUGGGUUACAGGACGGGUUACACGUACCGCCACCCCUUCGUGCAAGAGAAAACCAAACACAAGAGCGAGGUGGAGAUCCCAGCCACAGUGACCGCGUUCGUGUUUGAAGAGGACGGCACACCGGUGCCCGCCCUGCGGCAGCACGCCCACAAACAGCAGAAGGAGAAGACCCGCUGGCUCAACACCCCCAACACCUACCUGCGGGUCAACGUGGCCGACGAGGUCCAGAGGAGCAUGGGCAGCCCCCGGCCCAAGACCACCUGGAUGAAGGCUGAUGAAGUGGAGAAAUCCAGCAGCGGGGUGCCCAUACGGAUCGAAAACCCAAACCAGUUUGUGCCUCUCUAUACCGACCCCCAAGAAGUGCUGGACAUGCGGAACAAGAUUCGAGAGCAAAACCGACAGGAUGUGAAGUCAGCAGGCCCUCAGUCCCAGCUCCUGGCAAGCGUCAUCUCGGAGAAGAGCCGGAGCCCGUCUACAGACAGCCAGCUGAUGUCCAAGGGUGAUGCAGAUACCAAAGACGACUCCGAGGAGACGGUGCCCAACCCCUUCAGCCAGCUCACCGACCAGGAGCUGGAGGAGUACAAGAAGGAGGUGGAGAGGAAGACCCUGGAGCUUGAUGGAGAGAAAGAAAUCGCCCCAGAAGGACCUGGCUCGCCCACGAAGUCUGCACCCACCUCCCCAGUGCAGAGUCCAGCAAAGUCAGAGGCCAAGAGUCCAGUAGUGUCUCCGUCUAAGACCGUGGAGGGUGCUAAGACGGAAACAAGCAAAUCCCCCACAAAGCCCGAGCCAACCCAGCCAGAGGAGGUGGUGGUCAAUGGGAGGGAGGAUGAGCAGACCGCGGAGGAGACCCUCAGCAAGGGCUUGAGCCAGAUGACCACCAACGCCGACACUGACAUCGACACGUCCAAGGACAAAACCGAGUCGGUCACCAGCGGCCCCAUGUCCCCAGAGGGCUCGCCUUCCAAGUCUCCCUCGAAGAAGAAAAAGAAAUUCCGAACCCCAUCCUUCCUGAAAAAGAGCAAAAAGAAGGAGAAAGUGGAGUCCUGAUGGGUGGUCCCCACUGGCUCCCAUCUGUAUCCUCUCUCUCUUCCCCUUCCCCCCUCCCAUCUCUGUCCCUGGAAACACAGGGCCAAGGAGGGGUAAAAUCAGACCCCCAGAUUACCCUCUGAGGGGGAAUUUAGCGAUCACCUGGCCAACCCCUCAUUUUACAACGGCCCUGGAGAAACUGGGUAGCAGGCCCAAGGCCACACAGCUGGUUAGUGGAGCCUGCACUGGAAUUCAGUCUCCUGAGUCCCAGUCCAGGGCUCUUCCCAAUACACAACACUGCCUAGUUGUAGGCCGCCUUUGGGAGGAUGCUGCCCAUUCAUCUGAGCCCAGAGCACGGAGGCCAGAAAUGGGCACACGCUCACAGGCUCAGGCUGAGUCAGAGUGGGGGAGGCUUCCCCGGAGCAAGACUCCUUCUGAGAAUCCCAGCUCCAGGCAGGGGAGAGAGAGCCCCAUGUUCAGAAAAGUCUGCUCUUUUCCAUUUAGGGUCCUGCCCCGCUAUUCCAAGUCACCAUACAAACUGAUCCCUACUACAGAAGUUACUCUUUGUCCCCAAGGGCUGAUGGCUUAGCUUGUUCUUCCCCACCCACCGCCCCUGAGCUUUUAUAUGGAGCCUCUUGAAUGACAGAUGGAAGUCUUGGAAGGGCUGGCAGGCAAAAGGGAAGGGCGAGUCAGACCAAGGGCCGGUGGUGGCUUCAUUGAUGUAAGAGGCCAGGAGCGUAGGCACAUAACCCAUUCCAAGUGUGCAUCUCAGGCCCUUCAGAACAAGAAGGAAAUUUACCGCUAAACAAAGUUGAAAUUGGGGGAAGAUCAAAACAGCUCGAGGAGGCUAGACCUUUCCAGCUUUGCAUGACCCCGAGCCCUGGGGCUCCUGCCCUUCCAUCAGGUGUCACCGGCCCGCCCCUCAAACCCAGAACCAUUUGCUUUCAGAGAGAACUAGUGUCCUCUUGUUGCUGGCUACUUUGGGGUUUUGGCUCUGGCUCUGGGACCUGCAGUGGAGGAUCAGAGACGGACCCUUGGACCAGCUAGCAGAGACAUACCCCUGUCCCUGGCUGCCCCUCCCGGGGCCUGGUGGUAGCCGCAGCUUUGGUUUGAUGUGCCACUGCUACCUUCCCUUAUCACUCCCCAGGCCCUGACGGGCAAGCACCGUCGGCUCCUAAAACAUAGACAAUCCAUCCCCUUUAAAGCACAGUGUCGUCAAAAGAAUAUUCCCCCCGCCCUUUGUGCUGAGUAUUGUAAAAGUAUUUUUGAAAGCUCUUAAUCAUAGUUUUCUUUUUUGUACCAUUUGCUCUACCUGUGCAGGCUCAACAGUCACUGUAUCUCUUAACACACACCCCACCACCACCACCACCAACCCCGUCAGGGGGCACAACUGUUCCCAUUUGAUGGGGAGGAAACUGGGGCCUCAGAAAGCAUCACCGCUUGCCUGGCAUGGCUAACUCAAGCCAGAGCACGGAUUUGACUCCAGAGCCUGUGAUCUUAAAGCUCAUCCCGAAGGUUGUUCCCUUUCCCAGGGCUGGUCGUCUCUGCGUCAUGUCAGCGGUUUAGGAGGGGGACACGCCCUGUGCUCGCUCUCCUCCGUGCACGCCACAUUCCUGGUUAAGCGGGUGUGGCGGGCCCAGGACUAGAACCAUCACCCAUUGUUGGGCUCUUUCUUAGAAAGAAAGGAAACUGACAUAUGAUGAGGGCAAACUCAGUUCUCUCUUUCUCUCUCACACACAUCCCCAACGGUGGCCCCAAGCCCCCCCUUCUUUCUCCGCCCCACUCCCUGAUGGGACAGCCCCAGGGCCAGUCCUCCCCAAACCUGCGCGGCGGUGGGGGAAAUGCCUUUAAAAGCCAACCCUUGAUGCCUUCUCUGAAAUCCAGGUUUCGUCUGCAUCCUCUCAUCCUCAGUGUGUGUCAAGCAUCCCUUAAGGGUCAGCUGUAUGCUGACGUGAAUCCAAUCGUGACUAGACUAGCGGGUGGUGUCAUGGAAGUGUGGCAUGGACACAGUCCGUGAUGCAGCUGUUUGUGUUUAAGUCUGUUGUAGACAGGAAUGACAGUGAUUGACUGUUGUCAACAGAUGACUUCCUCCUGCAGGUGAGAUGGCCGGGACCUUGCUGGAGUAUCACCCUUGGGGUUUAUGCCACAGGGCCCAUCUUACAGUCCUCCACUUGUCCACUGUGCAGGCUCUCAAAAAGCAGCCAUUAAGUUUGGGUCAUGGGCCAGGGGCUGGCGAAAAUGUCCCACAAAAUGUGAUGGCUGUUACAAGUUUCCAAACAAGAGGAAGCCAGGCUGUUUCGCGAUGAGGGAAGAGCGUGUGCUCAGGCAGGGACACGUGAAAUGCCAUGACGUGGUCCACAGAGCAGGUCAGUGUUGCCCGAGUGUGGGGGUGAGGCAGGGCGGCGGUUGGUGUCGAAGGCUGGCAGGGCUGGCAGAGCAGCCGGCCUUUAUUGCGUGGAGGGUUUGGGGCUGCCGAGGGCUUGGAUUCGGGGCAGACCCAACCAAACCGGCCCUUUUAGAAAAGGCUCCUGGGUGACUGGAGAAAGAACUAGAAGGGGCUGAGCUGGAGGCAUGGGCCCCACACACCGAGGCCUUUCUGAAGCAGCAGUCAGAAGACAUCUUAGACGAACGGCCGGCCUGCUGUGACUGGGUACUUGAUAGCAAGUGGUGUCCAGCACAGACACGGAAUUUGUCUCCUUAAAAUUCUUUGGAUGAAGCAUCUGAAGAUGAGAUCUUGGCACAGUGAUGGGAGUAUUCAGAGUUCGUGUGUCGUACACUGCGUCUGGUUCUGUUUUAUCUCGAUGUAGGAUUGUUGAGCGGGUCUGUUAACUUGUGCAUGUGUAUGAAGGGGGCGUUGUGCCUCGGCCCGGGCUUGAGGACACCCGCCAAGCCCAGGGCUGUUGAAGGCGAUAACAAUCCCAACAAAACCACAGGCUGUUAGGACGAGGGGAGGGGUCCCUUUCUUUGGCUCCAGAUAGAAGGGGGCUGCAAGCUUUGGCCAGUGUCGGUCUGGAGCAGAGGGCUGGAGGGGAGCUUGGACUCAGUGGGCAGUGGGUUCAUUUCUAGAAAAGCCAUUGUGCUUGGAUAUGCAACGGGACCGGGCCAGGAACACGGAACCACUCCGCUCCAAAGCUGCACUCUGGCAGGCUGAGCUGGGCAGUAAGGAGCCAGGUCUCCAAGUCUGUCCCCUGAGGAGACGGGCAGAGGCGGAGGUGGUUGUAGAGAGAGAAGCCUGGCUCUAAUCAUUCUCUCUCGGACCUGGUGCUGUACCCAGCAGUGGUGUGAGGGAAGCAUCCACACCACGGGACUUUUCCCCAAUCUGAAAUAGGCGUUGCCAGGAGACAACCUGGCAGCCAGUGAGGGCUCUGUAAGUACCCUCCUGUCUGCCGACAGCCAGGUGAUGCCCUCGGGUACACCUAGUGCUUAUGAUGCGACCCUUACCCUGCCUACCCACAAAUUACUUGGGGAAAUUUGGAUGAGGCGCCAGAUUCCUUCCACACAGCCCUUUAAAUCAUUGCCCUAAUGCCACGAAGUUAGAUCUCGGCUUGGAAGCUCUCCCCCUGAUGCCGUGCCAUUCAUUCCUAGAGCGAGGCCAGACCUUGACCCAGCACUGCUGUGAGAGACGGGCCACACUGCAGGCGGGGCCGAGCUGUUCUACAAAGCCACGGCCUUGUCCGCAGUGGAUUUAAAAGAGCCACCCACCCAUCAGCCCACUUCCCCUCCGAGACCCUGAAAGAUGGACAUCGAGUGUGGGUGCGCAGGGCUAGGCAGCCACGCAGAUGUCCCCAGCCUGUACGGCGGGCAUUUGCACAAGUGUGAAUUCGGUGGCCUCGACGGGUCAGCAGAAGUGCGUGAGUUGGUGCAGUCGUCGUAGGUUCCGUGAGCAAACAGGAAACGCGCUCGCUUCCCCUCAGCACCCUAGCGCCAGGGCAGUCAGAUGCAGGGUCCGAGGAGACUCAGAGGUCCCGGGAGAAUCUGUUCUCUCCCGAUUCCAGCCCCCGUGGGAUGUCAUGUCUCCACUGGGCGGGACCAUUUAACGCUUUACACAGAGUGAGGGCAGGGGAGGCCUCCAGCCAGGCACACUUGGCCCCAUCUAGCUUCUCACAUUGGGUAGCACACAUGGGGACCUGCCGCUGGAGGAGGAGUGCCCCCCACUGUGGACACAGGAGAGGGUCUUGGAACCACUCCUGGGGUGGUCAGUGCCCCGGGGUUCCUAUCCUCACCCACUGCGUCCCAAGCAACAGCAGGAGGCCCACUGGCGGGGUCAGCCCCUUAUUUCUGAAUGAAUGUCUAGCUGGGGAGUCAACGCCAACCCUUGAUGACCCCCUGGGGUGCGAGCAGAGGGAACAAGAUCACCAGGCUUUCUUCCGAGGCACCCCUGCAUGGGCUCCAACCUCCAACCUCUGGUGCACAGCUGAGCGCGUUCAACAUUCACACCGCCCAGGGCCUGUCUCUGUCUAAAUCCUGUUAGGAAAGAGUUGCAGGGGGUUCCGGGGGUGGUGGGAAAAUAUCUGUAGAGAAAUUGGAAAUCAUUCUCCCACCAGCAAAUCAUCCUGUAUGGCUUUCAGAAGCCUGAAGGCCAGCCCUUCCCGUAAAGAAAGAAAAUUCAGAACAGAUCCAGGAGGCCACGGUUGGCCCAAGGACAGAGGGGCCACACUUAGCAGCCCAUCCAAGCCCCUUUUAAGACACACCUCUUUGGGGAAACCCGACCCCGUCUUUCGACUCCACCGCAUGUCUUCGUGGUCUUUCUCUGUGUGGUUGUUCGGUCGGUGUGCAUCGCCUCACUUUGAAACCGUGCGCUGCCUCGUCUAGUCCCAGCGUCUCCCAGGAGAAGGCUGGGCUGCGGUUGCCUGACGGGCCUAGGCGGAUGGUUCUGGUGAGACGGCUUGUGUCUGACGGUCGUCACAAGGGAAUCCUACUUCCCGUCUGCACUUAUCCAUUGUGUUCAGCCUUGCCGCGUGUCGCGAGGUCGCACAGAGGGCUCCAUGUACAAACGCCCCGCCCCUGCCAUGCCAGCGCCCCGGACCGUGCUUCAUCCCCACACAGCUCUGCCUCCCCACGCUGACCCUCUCUGAGCCACUGGCGUGCCGAGUUGACGAUGGCUAGUCACUUGGGCUUUGAUUUUGCAAUUUUAUACACACACACAUAUAUUUAUGGUUUGGUUUUGUAUCGUUUUCAGUUUGAAUCUCUGAGCACCAAAGCUGCCCUGUGAUUUUUCGAGAGAACUCUCCAAAGCCUCUUCCUGAGCCCCUGCGCUGCUGUGAUGUCUGUGUAGCCGGGGAGGGGACCUGCCGGGGGGGUUUCUGUAUGUACGUGCUGUGGCCUCUUCCGCAGGCAUUGCCCUAGUAAACCUAACGUGCUGAGCUUCCCAGUG